AUGGGCCUUGGUGGGAGAUCAGGUAAUGUUUCCUUUGCCAGCCCCGCUUUCAGGGAAGCUUCUCAAGCAGCUCGCCGGGCCCGCUCCACAAAUGACCGCCUGAGCCAGGAUGCCCCUUCUCCCUCUAGACGCAGGACCCGAUCACCUUCCGAUGAUUCCGACUCGGAUGACCAGCCGCUGGCUCAGAGACGUCGACGUCGAGCCCUUCGUCCGGUGCCCGACUCAGGUCCGUCGUCUAUCCCUUCUCCUCCUCCAACCGCAGUUGCCUCUCCUCCACUUCCCAUUGUGACUCCACCUCCAAUCUCGAGCCAGCAUCCUCAGGGCGGCAAAGCUGGCCCCUCAGAACGCCCUUCAGUUACCCCACCUAUAGCACCUCCUCAGGGGCCUUCUUCAGCUCCUUCUGGCUCACCUGCUGAGCCAUCAGCUCCUCUUGGCUCAGCCGCGGAUGUUCCCACCAGCUCCCUCAAGAUAAGAGGUCGUCUAGCCACUUUAUGGGAAGAAAGCAUACAACACAUGGACUCCUUGCCUCCCCUGGCUCAGAUGGACAAAUUUGCAGAAUUGUAUAUCAAGGCUUGUGCAGAGUCUCUGGCAGUGAACAAUUCCUUCCAUGCUAUUCAUUAUCAGAAUAAGGUGCUACGGGACCAGGUCGCUGAACUGGAAUUACAAUUGAAUGAUCCUGCCCAAGCUAGCCAUGCUUUGCGGGCCGAGAUAAAAGAUUUGACCAAAAAGAAGAACAGUCUGGAAGUAUCCCUAGCGCAGGCCAACCAUGAACUUAAAGAUCUCCAAGAAAAGCAAAGUCGAGUCGAUAUUGUGCACAAGCAGAGUAUAAAUCAACAAGCUUUAGAGCAUCAACGAGCUAUGGACCAGUGGGCUCAGAAGCUGCGUGCUGCCGAGACUCUAGCGCAGGAGCAAGACAAGAAGUUGAAAUCUCAGGAGGCCCAAUUGACCUCCCAAGCAGCAGAACUGGCCCUUGCCCAGAAUGAACUGGCUCAGGCUCGGGCUACCACAGAGGGCAUAUCAACAGCUCUGGCUAUUUACAGAGAUGGAGAGAACGACCACUGUCUACAGAACCGUGCUCUAUAUCUGCAUUCUCUGGAAUUCUGUGUACAAGUUGGACAGCGUUUCUCCACGUCUGUUAUCUAUGGGGCGGGCGGGGCUCUGCGCCAACUUUAUGAGCAAGACUAUUUAAAGUCGAUUCCGUCUCCUGAAUUUUUAGACCAUGAUCGAAUCCUUAAAGAGAUCCCGGAUGAAAUUUUUGCUCCUUUCAAAUGA